CGACCGUCCGCUGCAGCUUGGUGGCUGCGCGACCCCGUUCGUCUCAACUUCACCAUGCAGGGCUUCAACAAAUACUACCCACCCGACUAUGACCCGGAGAAGCAUAGCAGCCUCAACUCGUAUAGAGGCAAGCAUGCACUUGGUGACCGAGCGCGAAAGAUAGACCAAGGCAUCCUCAUCACACGCUUCGAGCUCCCCUUCAACAUCUGGUGUGGGACAUGUAAUAAUCACAUCGGUAUGGGCGUGCGCUACAACGCGGAGAAGAAGAAAAUUGGAAACUACUAUUCCACUAUCAUCUACUCCUUCCGCUGCAAGUGCCACCUCUGUGAUGGCUGGUUCGAGAUACAUACGGACCCGCAGAACACGCGAUAUGUCGUAGUAUCUGGUGCCAGGCAGAAGGAUGAGGAGUGGGACCCUGAGGAGAACGGCGGCUACGCGGUGCACGAAACCGACCCAGACAAGGCCCCCCUCGACCCUCUCGCGGCCCUGGAGAAGUCAACCGAUGCGCAGAACCACAUGAACAACGUCCAAAUACCCCGCCUCGAGGCGUUGCAGAACGUCUCCGACCACUACGGCUCCGACCCGUACGCCCACUCGCUGCGGGUGCGCAAGCGCUUCCGGGAGCAGAAGAAGAUCGACAAGGCUCGCGAAGCGGCUGAUGCGCAAAUCAAGAACACAUACGGGCUACCUGAGGCGCUCCCUCUCGCUGCCGAGGACGAGGAGACCAGGACGAAGGCGAAGGUGGAGUGGGAGCGGGCGCGGCUUGUGUUGGAAGAAGAGAACAGCGCAAAACGACGCAAGAUCGGGGCUGAGAUGUCCAUCAUGCCCAGCUCGAGCACCUCCCGGUUGUCGGCUCGGACAGCGCCGUCUAGGUCGAGCGGGAGCAGUGGGAGCGGCAGCGCUGUCAGUGCGUUGCGAGCAAAGAUUCUUGGGAACACCGCGAGACAGAGUGCGUCAAUAGGCGGGUUGAGCCGGGCGAAGCCUCCAGAGACGAAGACGAGAGGGGGGCUGGUGAAGCGGAUCUGACCGUACACAAGCGUAUAUUGUAUUUGUAUUUGUAACCCGUGUAGCAUAGUCCUGGAGGGAGGGUCGGCGCAUCCUCUCUUGUACAACUGGUCAUAGCAAGGUCAUAGAACUCCUUCGUGAAUUUGUACGAGGC